GAUCGCCCCUGCGCUGCUGAGACAGGCGUCCUACGGCACCAUAAAGAUCGGCAUCUACCAGAGCUUGAAGCGGCUGGUUGUGGAUCGGGUGGGAGAUGAGACGUUGCUAAUCAAUGUGAUUUGCGGAGUGGUUUCAGGGGUGAUCUCCUCUGCGAUUGCCAAUCCGACAGAUGUGCUGAAGAUCCGAAUGCAGGCGCAAGGCAGUUUGUUCCAGGGUGGCAUGAUCGGCAGCUUCAUCGACAUCUACCAGCAGGAGGGUACCCGAGGCCUCUGGAGGGGUGUUGUCCCAACAGCCCAGAGAGCUGCCAUCGUGGUCGGGGUGGAGCUGCCAGUCUACGACAUCACCAAGAAGCACUUAAUUCUGUCGGGCCUGAUGGGUGACACCAUCUUUGCCCACUUCGUUUCCAGUUUUACGUGUGGGCUGGCGGGGGCCAUUGCCUCCAACCCUGUGGACGUGGUGCGGACACGGAUGAUGAACCAGCGGGCAAUAGUGGGCAGCACGGAGCUCUAUAAGGGCACGCUGGAUGGCCUCGUGAAGACCUGGAAGAGCGAGGGCUUCUUUGCGCUCUAUAAAGGCUUCUGGCCCAACUGGCUUCGGCUCGGUCCCUGGAACAUCAUUUUUUUUAUCACGUACGAGCAGUUGAAGCGACUUCCAUUCUGACAGCUGGCUUCAUUCCACAAGAGUCAUCUUCAAGACGUGCAGCAGAGCGCUCUGCUGCAGCCUUCCUCUUCAUUUCUCCAUCCCCGUGUUUUGAUGUUCCGGUACCUGUGGGUCUGGGCUCUCCCGCUCCCCCAAAUGCAUGGUCCCUGGAGCGUGAGCUGGCCGAAGCGUAACCGGGAGGCUGAUGGCAGGUGCUGCAUGUUUUUUUCCACACGGAGGCAAGUAUUCACAGCGUGCAAGUGUCUGGGCCUGAAGCAAUAUCUUCUGUGAAGAUCGGCGUGAUCCCUGGCCUUUUGGGGCAGCUCGUUGUUUGGCUCGUGUGCGUU